AUGUCAACCUCCCCCGACGGCAUCUACGAACCAGGCAUCAUCGACCCCGGCCUCCCCAGCAACUCCCCCACACAGCCAUUCUGGCUCUCCCAGCCCUCCAAGAUACACAACCUGCAAUCACCAUGGCCCAACCAAGCCGACAUCAUCAUCAUCGGCUCGGGAAUAACAGCAGCAAGCCUCACCCGCACACUCUACACCCACAAGCCAAACCUGCACAUCGCCAUCCUCGAAGCCCGCGCCCUCUGCUCCGGCGCAACAGGGCGCAACGGCGGACACUGCAAAGUCAUGAGCCCGGGCGUCUGGUUCGAGCGACAGCACGCAUACGGCACGGCCGAGGCACUGCGCGUUAUGCGCUUUGAACAUGCCCAUCUUGGUGAGCUGGCUCAGUGUGUCAAGGAGAAUGAGAUCCAGUGUGAUCUGCGCCUGCACGAGGGCGUGGAUGUCUACCACGACCAACAUACUUUUCGCCGUGCUGUGCGCGCACUCGAGGACAUGCGCAGGUAUGCACCAGACCUCGCGGAGAAAUACACCGUGUACACCAGUAAAGCAGACCUCGAGGCCCGACACUGCCCCGUGGAAAGCAUCGGCGCGAUCAGUAUGCCUUCGGGCUCAAUGUGGCCGUAUAAAUUCGUAACGGGACUAUUCGAAAAAUACCUCCACGACCACAAUUUCACCAUCCAAACCAACACCGUCGUCACAGACAUACUCGAAACCCCAGACUAUGGGAUAGUGAAAACAACCAGAGGCGAAAUCAAAGCACCAAUCAUCAUCCACGCCACAAACGCCUGGAUGAGCCAUCUCGUCCCCGAACUGCAACCGUUUGUCUCGCCGGUCCGCGCAAAUGUCCAGCGCCACGUCCCAGACUCGAGUAUCCGCGUCGACAACUCCCUCUGGCUGCGCUACGCAGAGCACGACUAUGAUUACAUGGUGCAGCGCCCAGACGGGGCAUUCAUAAUCGGGCGCGCAAACACAGGGCGGCGGGCCACAAGCGACGACGGGGAUAUGGACGUCUUACCCCAAACUCAUCUACGUACUGUUGUGCCUGCGCUGUUUGACUUCAAGUCUGCCAAUGUGCGAGUCACGCAUGCCUGGAGUGGGUGUGUUGCGUUUACGCAGGACGGGAACCCGUUUGUUGGGAAGUGGCCGGGGGAGAGGAGGCAUCAGUGGGUUUGUGGUGCGUAUCAGGGGAUUGGCAUGGUGAGGGCGUUUAGAUCGGCUCAGGCGCUGGCUCGGAUGGUUCUGGGCCUGGAUGUGGGGGAGUUUCCGCGGUCGAUGGUUAUAACCACGGACAGGCUGAGGAGGUUGGAUUUGUCGGUUAGGGCUAAGCUGUAA